AUGUUAUCUCUCGACGGAAAAGUCGCCCUCAUCACUGGUCUUGGACAGAGCCAUUCUGAAGGAUGGGGCAUUGGCGCCGCCAUCGCCGUUCUACUAGCUCGACAAGGUGCCAAAGUCUUCGGCGGAAAUCGAACACUUGCUUCAACUACAUCCACCAAAGCGGCCAUCGAAGCCGAAGGCGGAACCUGCGAUGUCAUUGAGACCGACGUGACUUCAAGCACAUCAACCAAAGCUCUCGUGGAUGCAUGCAUGGCAAAACAUGGACGUAUCGACAUCCUCAUCAACAACGUUGGGCGAUCGGAGCCAGGGUGUCCUGCUACCAUGCCCGAAACAAUCUGGGACUCUCAAGUCGAUCUAAACCUCAAGAGCGUGUUCUUGAUGUGCCAAAAUGUUCUGCCAAUUAUGGAAGCCCAAGGCAGUGGCGCCGUCGUUAGUGUUGCGAGCAUCGCUGGUCUGCGUUACAUCGGGAAGCCCCAAGUUGGGUAUUCUGCGACAAAAGCUGCGAUUAUACAAUUGAUGAAAACUACCGCUGUCAUUUAUGCUCCGAAGGGUGUUCGCUUGAAUACUGUUGUGCCUGGACUCAUGGAUACCCCUUACACGAAGGGAUUGGUGUCCAGAUACGCGACUGGGGGUCAGGCGGAGGAGUAUAUGAAUAUGCGAAAUGCACAAGUCCCCAUGGGGAAGAUGGGGGAUGCUUGGGAUGUGGCUAAUGCCACGUUAUUCCUUGUCAGCGAUGAGGCCCGAUACAUCACCGGGCAGGAGCUGGUUGUGGAUGGUGGGAUUACAUCGUCGACAGGAAGGACAUAA